AUCCUGCUAUGACAGCCUCUUGCCCCACACUCUCACCCUGCUAUGCUAGCAGCGAAAUAUUCACUCCCAACGCUGCUCCCAGCUUUCCUGUUGAUUCAAAAUACACUGGCUGUAGCUAACGUGACGUGGUCAAGCCCCGUCGAAGGAGACGUCUAUGAGUCGGGCCAGUCUAUAAUUGGCCAAUGGUCUGUGACCGAAGCUAUCCUUUCACCUGUUUUCCGACUAUGCUCUCCGUCAACUCAAGAAACACCCGACCCCGAUUCUGGCGAGAACACUGGUAGUGAAGAUGAUAAUUGUGGGACCGCCGUUUGGCCGGCGGUGCAGCAAUCGAACGGCUCAUAUGAAGUUACCCUCGCUGCACCGAGCGUUACCGCGCUAUCCGACUUCUACCUAGAAAUGCAAGACGAGGAAGGGAACAUAGUCCCGUCUCCCCUGUUCUCCCUAAGUCCAGCAACAAGCGACUCCGAUUCCUUAGCCCCACCACUCAGAGACCCUACUCCCUCGCUUCCCUUUGAUCCUCAAUCUCAAAGCUCCCCAGACCCCCAUGGCGUAGCUCAACCACCUCAGAUCUCUCCGAAUCUCAAUGCCAAUACCCAACCCCUUCCCAACCUAAUGCAGACUCACAUCUCCAUACCAACCGCCGCCUACAUAGUCCCACUCUCACUAGUCGGAGCCAUAACCCUCUGCGCCAUCGUCCUCCUCAUCUACCACCGCCGUCGACUCCGUACCGAACGAUCCGCCGAGAGCGAGAAAGCGACAAGUUCCUUAUCAAGAGCGUCGGGUAUCACGCGGUGUCCGACGAUGAUUUGGAAAGCUGCUUUCGGCAAUCACAAAGCUAGAAGUAGACGUAGAGGUGAUGAUGGUGGUAGGCGACGAGAUGUCGAUGAACGAGAGAGGCGGGAGACUCCGACACCAACUCGUAUGUCGUCCAUGAACCGGGAUGACAAUGAUCACUACACAGUCUAUGUUCCCCGCCUCCACUACCAGCAACCUCAGCGCCAACCUCGCCAACAAACCCGCGAACCGUUCACCCCAGCUCGUGCCUCCAGACCAGCGGUGACACCGAUAUACAGUAGAUUCACUCACGCUCGUGAUAAUGAGCAGACUAUUCCGCAGCCCGGGUCACUUAAUGAGAAGUAUGACGAAGCCUCGGAGGACGAGGUCUUAUCUGGCUACCCCCGGCCGUCACCACUCCCUCUCCUGUCGUUCUCGACACCAACUCCACCCGGUCGCACACAUGUUCGGUGGAACGCUAGCUCAGAUUCGGGAGAAAGUCAUGAUGAGGAUCGUUUGUAUCCAGACAUGUAUGAUGAAGUCGCUCGAACGCUUCCUCGCUAAUCUGAUCAGCUUUCUUGUGACUCGAUCUUUCGACUUGUAUGAAUGAUAUUAUUUCUGCGGGUCAGGAAUGACAAGGAUCUGUCUACAUGCUUUUCUUCACUAUUGCACAUUGGGUAUC